CAUCAUACAGUGCUUGACGGCAACUUAGUGACAGCGGCUGUGUGUGUCUUUUCUCACAAAGUGAAAAAUGAAUCAAAAUGAUAAGUUGAUUUUGUGCGUUGGAAUUUGUGUUUUAGAUAUAAUUCACGUUUGUCAAGAAUAUCCAGAAGAAGAUUCUGAUCGAAGGGCAUUGAAUGGUCGUUGGCAACGUGGAGGCAAUGCAUCGAACAUGUGCACCGUAUUGCGACAAUUUGGUGCCGAAUGUGAAUUCAUUGGAUCGCUCAGUGAUUCGAAGGCAUUUUCGUUUCUCAUUGAAGAUUGUCGUGACCGUGGCAUCGUGAUCGAUCAUUGUGUUUAUCAUACGACACCGAUUGCACCAUUCUCAUCGGUCAUUUUAAAUGAAAUUAACGGAAGUCGUACAAUUAUCCAUUCGAAUCCAAAUAUGCCGAUACUCAGCGCUGACGAUUUUUCUAAAAUACCAUACGAACGUUACAAAUGGAUUCAUUUUGAGGCACGAAAUGUACACGAAACAAAAAGAAUGAUUGAUUCGAUAGUGCAAUGGAAUGCUGAACACCCAGAUCAACGAAUUACCAUCUCAGUUGAAUUAGAAAAUCGAACGGAAAAAAAUUUACCGCUAGUAGCAGACGCCGAUUAUGUGUACCUCAGUAAAGAUUUCGCCGAAAUAAUGGGUUGGAUGAGCAAAGAAGUGGCCAUUCACAAUCUCAGGAAAUAUGUUAAGAAAGAGGCUAAAUUGGUGGUUCCAUGGGGAAUUGAAGGUGCAAUAGCCGUUGACAAUGAAAGUGAUACGCAUUUUUCUGCAAUGGCACGACCUCCUGCUAAAGUGGUUGAUACGCUUGGAGCCGGCGAUACUUUUGUGGCAUCAACUCUUUACGCAUUAAGUAAUGGCAUUCCACUACAAGACUCCAUCGAUUUUGGAUGUCGGAUUGCUGGGAAAAAGGUUGGAUUUUAUGGCUAUGAUAAUAUUGCCUUAAUUUCAGAUGAUUUACUCACUAAAAUUCGAGAUCAAUGAUUGAUUUUGCAAGAAAAAUGGACUUUUUAUAAAUACUGGUAAUGCUAGAUUUGAUACAUAUUUAGAUUUUGUUUGUUUUGAAUAAUUAAAAAGCAAUUUUACAACUAAA